GAGCGCCGGAGCCGGGCGGUGCGGGAUGCGCUCCCCCCGCCGCCGCGGGGGCGCCGCGCAGCCCCCCUGGCCCGUGCCCAGGAUGCUGGUGCUGUGCCUGCUGUCCCUGGCCUGGCUCAGCGAGGGCUCCCAACGCAGUGAGCCCAUGUUUGUGGCUGUUACCCACCGUCUUCUCCCACCUGACUAUGACAGCAACCCCACACAACUCAACUAUGGUGUGGCUGUCACCGACCUGGAUGCCGAUGGUGACUUCGAGAUUGUGGUGGCAGGGUACAACGGCCCCAACCUGGUGCUCAAGUAUGACAAGGCACAGGGGCGGCUGGUGAACCUGGCAGAGGACGAGUGGAGCUCCCCGUACUACGCGCUGCGGGACCGGCAGGGCAAUGCCAUCGGCGUGACAGCCUGUGACAUCGACGGGGAUGGCCGUGAGGAGGUGUACUUCCUCAACACCAACAAUGCCUUCUCCGGCAUGGCCACCUACACAGACAAACUCUUCAAGUUCCGCAACGGGCGCUGGGAGGACCUCCUGAGCGACGAGGUGAACCGAGACGUGGCCAGCCGCUUUGCCGGGCGCUCCGUUGCCUGCGUGGACCGGAUGGGCUCCGGCAGGUACUCCAUCUACAUCGCCAACUACGCCAGCGGCAACGUGGGCCCCCACGCCCUGCUCGAGAUGGACGUGGCUGCCAGCGACCCUGCCCGUGGUGUUGUGGUGCUGGUGGAUGUGGCCGCCCAGGCUGGUGUCAGCAAGUACACAGGGGGCCGUGGAGUGGCUGUGGGCCCCAUCCUGAGCGAGAGUGCCUCUGACAUAUUCUGCGGUAAUGAGAACAGCCCCAAUUUUCUCUUCCACAACCGGGGCGAUGGGACAUUCCGAGACGUGGCUGCUUCUGUGGGGCUGGAUGACCCCUACCAGCAUGGACGUGGUGUGGCACUGGCUGACUUCAACCGCGAUGGCCGGGUGGACGUGGUCUACGGCAACUGGAACGGGCCACACCGCCUCUACCUGCAGAGUGGAGGUCCUGGGCGCAUCCGAUUUCGGGACAUCGCCACCCCCAAGUUCUCCAUGCCAUCCCCUGUCCGCACCGUCAUCGCAGCCGACUUUGACAACGACCAGGAGCUGGAGGUUUUCUUCAACAACAUCGCCUACCGCGGCUCCUCGGCCAACCGCCUCUUCCGGCUCAUCCGCAGGGAGCACUCAGACCCCAUUGUGGAAGAGCUGAAUCCAGGGGAUGCGUUGGAGCCUGAGGGACGGGGCACGGGGGGAGCAGUGACAGAUUUUGAUGGAGAUGGGAUGCUGGACCUGAUCCUGUCCCAUGGCGAGUCCAUGGCACAGCCUAUCUCCAUCUUCAAGGGCACCCAGGGCACUGGCAACAACUGGCUGCGUGUCAUCCCCCGCACUCGCUUCGGGGCCUUUGCUCGGGGGGCCAAAGUGGUGCUGUUCACCCAGCGCAGUGGGGCCCACCUGCGCAUCAUUGACGGCGGCUCGGGGUACCUCUGCGAGAUGGAGCCUGUGGCACACUUUGGACUGGGGCGCGACAAAGCCAGCAGCCUGGAGGUGACGUGGCCAGACGGCCGUGUUGUGGUGCGAGCUGUGGCCAGCAGUGAGACCAACUCUGUCCUGGAGGUUCCCUACCCCCUGGAUGUUGCGGAGCCACUCAUGCCUGCCCCUCUGGAGUGCGGGCAGGGAUUCUCCCAGCACGAGAAUGGACGCUGUGUAGACAUGGACGAGUGCACAGAGUUCCCCUUUGUUUGCCCCCGGGAUAAGCCUGUCUGCAUCAACACCUACGGCGGGUACCGCUGCCGCAGCAACAAGCGCUGCAGCCGGGGCUUUGAGCCCAAUGAGGACGGCACAGCGUGUGUGGCUCAAGUGGCCUUUUUUGGGGGAUAUCCCUCUGCUGGGAGCUGGCCUGGGCCCCCCCCACCGUGCCCUCCUCCCUCUAAUCCUUGGACUCUGCCUUUGCCUCUAUGCACUUUAACCCCUGCCAGAGCAGCCUUGGCAGAAGGACCGGCUGGCCUCUGCCUCUGCCUCUUUCUCUCUUUUCUCUCCAUGUCGAACCACCCUGGAAGCGCCGGCUGUGCCCUGCUGCGGUGGGCACAGAGCCCAGUUGCCUGGCUGUGGCGGGGCUCACCCCUUGCACCAGUGUCUGGGAAAGCAGCCCCGGGGCAGCACACCUUUGGCACCUCCCUGCCCCAGCACUGCCCCCGCCACGCCGGCGCCUCCCGGGCGGUCGCUUGCUCCGUCGCCUUGAUACCGUACCAUGUGCCUGCUGGUUUGGCCUGCGACGUGUGUGCUUCACCUGCUCCCUCCUUGGUGACGGCGACCACCCUCCCCAGCCCUGGCAGAGGAGGGUCCCCCGGGGCCCUGCGGGGGAAGGACCCUCCUGGUCUGUUUUUUUAAUGUAUUGACCCCACUGUUUGGAGUCAGAUCCUGCUCAGUCUUCCAGCCCCAAUCCCAGAGAACCCUCCCAAUAAACUAUAUCCUGUCUAUUA